ACGUGGAUUUAAUUAUACGAUUGAUAAAUAAGAACUAAAAUUGCUUAGGUUACAAAAAAACUCAGCAAAAAUCAUAAAUAGUGCGCGCAUCAUGUGAAAAUUGUAUUUGAAGACGGAUGCAUUAGAAGAAACAUUUAAACGUGUGACAAGUCAAGACUUGAGGAAGUUCAACAACAGAAAAUAUAAUCUGAAGUUGUAACUUUGACCGAGGAGAGAACCUAACAAAAGAACGCUCGACACAUAAGGAUGGAUCCUAAAGGACAAGCAAAUGAUAUAUCCAUUCAGCACAUUCAGCAUUACCUGGAAAUUUGUCACAAUGCAACAUUGACAAGUUAUUCAAAAGAUGGCUUCAUUGGUGGAAGAGAAAUACUCAAAAGAGAAGCAACACAUAUUGAAGACGUCCUUUCGACCUGUACCACUGGGAAUGAAGAAGUUUCACAAAUAUUGAUGACAAGCGAUUUAUUUCAAUCAUCAUGCAGAUUCUUUUUCAAUACGGCCAUCAAUGGCAUCAUUUCUGAAGAGAUACUGAUCAAAUUUGUACUAACUUGCUCCGAGUUAGCAAAAGAGCACGGGAAAAUAAGACAAAAGAUUGAUUUUGAUUGCAUUCUGGUUGAUCAUGAAGGUAGAAAAUCAUGGCUGUCCGAUGGCUAUUUCGAAAAAAUGGAGAAAGUCAUCGAUGAGUACGAUAGAAGUGAAUUUCCAGAUGACGAGCCAUUACUUAAAGCACAUUUCAAAUACCAGUUGGGUCGAUACUAUUUCAAAAAAUCAAAAGACAAAAAUGAGCAACCCAACAGACAGCGAGAAUAUUUUGAAAAAGCUGCUAAUAACAUCGAAGAAUCGCGUGACUUAAGGAAACAAAACAUGGAAAGAGAGAACUCGUCACUUUUGACGAAAGUUGACGUGAUUUUGUCGCUUAUCAUGCUUGGUUAUUUAAGAAAAUAUCAGAGCACACAACGUCACGAAGUAGAACGUUUCAAUGAACUGAUUGCUAUGGCGAAAGAUUGCUAUGAAGAAGCUACAGCUUUAGUGGACGAGUUCCUUGGAAAACAUCCCCUUAAAGUAGAUUGUCAUAAAGCCUUGGGUGAUUUGCUGUUAGAAAUGAAACAAAACGAGGCUGCAAGGAAAAAUUAUGAAAUUGCUUUGAAUGUUUUUGAAGAGUUAGAGCUAACUCCAAAUAAAAUAAAGGGAUACUUGCUCAAUAACUAUGCCACAUCUUUGAUGAAUUUGCAGAAAUAUGAAAGAGGGGACGAAAUGUUCCAGCGAGCGAAAGAUUACUAUAAGAAAGCUAUAGCUUUAGUAGACGAGUUUCUUGGAAAACAUCCCCUUAAAGUAGAAUGUCAUAAAGUCUUGGGUGAUUUGCUGUUACAAAUGAACCAAAUUGAGGCUGCAAGGAAAAAUUAUGAAAUUGCUUUGAAUGUUUUUGAAGAGUUAGAGCUAACUCCAAACAAAGGAAACGUAUACUUGCUCAAAAACUAUGCCACAUCUUUGAUGAAGUUGCAGAAAUAUGAAAGAGGGGAAGAAAUGUUCCAGCGAGCGAAAGAUUACUAUAAAAAAGCUAUAGCUUUAGUAGACGAGUUUCUUGGAAAACAUCCCCUUAAAGUAGAAUGUCAUAAAGUCUUGGGUGAUUUGCUGUUACAAAUGAACCAAAUUGAGGCUGCAAGGAAAAAUUAUGAAAUUGCUUUGAAUGUUUUUGAAGAGUUAGAGCUAACUCCAAACAAAAGAAAGGUAUACUACUCAAAACUAUGCCACAUCUUUGAUGAAGUUGCAGAAAUAUGA